AUGGCAGCACCCUGGAGGUCUCAGUUCCUCUCUCACGUCCAAGAGGCGCCCAUUUUCAACCUGAGUACGCUUCACUCCAAUGAGCAGCCAUUUUCUGCCGCAGGCUCUUCGCUCGCGCCGAGGGCCCGCACCGUCGUCUUCCGUGGGAUGCUGGGUGGAAUGGACGUCAAUCCCAAGAACUCGGCCAAGCUAAAUCCGGAUACGUGGGAGUCGGACCUGCUCACCCUCACAACCGACGACCGCAUGGAGAAAAUCCCCGAAUUAUUGGGAUCUUCCUCCGGCCAAAACCAGCAGAGUCAGUCUGGUAGAGGGGGCCCUGUCGAAGCUGUGUUCUGGGUACCGAAAACCAAAACGCAAUGGCGGCUCCGGGGCCACGCGUACGUAAUUGGUCCGGACAUCGACACGGAUGCUGGAGCGCCCGUGAGGAAGGCACUGGAAGAUCAGAUGCGGCGCAUCGGAGACGGUCCUUGGAGCUGGGGAACGGAGCUCACCGCUCACUUCGGUAACCUUAGCCCUACCAUGAGAGGAUCUUUCCGUAACCCACCUCCCGGAAGACCCAUCACGGAGACGCCGGAGGAGGGGUACGGUUUGGGGCAGAAGGUGGAAGAUCUUGAGGAUGAGAUUGCGAGAAGACACUUUCGCCUUCUCGUUAUUGUCCCAGACGACGUUGACCAGGUUGAUCUCACCGAUCCGGAUAGAGGGCGACGGUGGAAUUACCAGCGUACAGAAUCGCAGACAUGGACGUCGGCAGAGCUAUGGCCUUGA